AUGCAUUUGGUUGUGGGUACUUGGUUUAUCACAUCACUUCUUGGCCUUGGAUGGGGGCAUAACUCCUUGUUUCAAGGAUAUGAUCUGUCUCUUUUGGGUUAUCACAUGUGUUCCAUGACUGAGUCUGUGUUGGUGACCAAUGUGAUCUCUUACCCAACCUCCUACACCCAAAGGAGACCAUGUGGAGGAUGGCUGCCAUGGACAAUGUGUAAUGUCACGGUUUAUAAAACAGCAUACCGAACUGAGGUUUCUGACAUUCCCAAACAGGUCAUGAAAUGUUGCCAUGGCUACGAACAAGUUGGGAGUUUCUGUGCCUUGUCCUUGAACAGAAGUGCAAAAUUCACAUCUAAGCCAGGGCUCUGUCCCUCUGGAAGUGUGACAGGCUAUCUGUGGAAUGAAACCUCUGGAACAAACUCCACCAGCUCUGUGUGUGAAUGGGACAUAGACUGUCCUCAAUGGCAAAAGUGCUGUCAGACCGGAAACAUCUCUCAGUGCUCAGACCCGCUUUCACCAGCCAACAGAAGCUGGUGCUUUAAUGUGACAAUAACAGUAAAGACAGCUUAUGAGUUCAUAAGUAUGGACAAAGGACUCUUCAAUCACACAAGACUACUGCACUCUGUGGUAACUGGUGCUCUGGGCACUGAUGGAAUCUCUGUGUAUCAUGUAUGGUCGUGGUCAGCAGGGCUCUUCACAACCUCUUCCUCUCUACUGGUUUGCUUCUCUGAAGUUCUCUCACUAGAGGACAUCUCCAAAAGACUGUAUCUGCUGGGAAACAUAGAGGAGGUGACUAAUGUUGUGGUGCAAGAUGUGGAUGAAUGUGCCGCUCCAGAGUUGAACAUUUGUUCUCGUCUCGCAAACUGCACGAAUACAGUUGGAUCUUAUCUCUGUGCCUGCCAUCAGGGUUAUCACGACCACAAUUCUACACAGCUAGGAACAGUUUGCAUGGCCCCCAGGGUCACAACUCAGCCUUUCACUAAUAUCCUAGAAAACUCUACCAGCCCAACUGGGAUUACAUCUCAUCACUUUAUGGGCAACCUUUCCACUUCAAACCCACUGCCAGGUAAUACAACAUACACUAAUGGAGCACAAAGAGAUGGCAUCACGUCGAGACUGGUCUGGACAUCCACUGAUCUGUCUCCUCAGCCAAAUAAUUUAUCCAUCAGCCACCCGUCUCCUACAUGUGACUACAUACCCAAGAUCACCAGCCUCUUCUCUCAUAACAUCACUGAAUCUUCUUUUUAUGUGGCAUGGACCACCGACAACCAGACCGGUGUAACUUUCCACCUGGUUCUGCUACACGAGACCACUGUGCUGAAUAUCUCACAUACGACAAACUUUUAUUGGAUGAUCACAAACCUGAACCCUGGUGUUCUGUAUACUGUACAUGUCACUCCAUUUGCCUGUGAUAACCAAGGAAACAACUCAGAACUCAAAGUGAGGACAGAUGGACAGACGCUUAGAGCUACAGCCCGUUUGACCAACAUGGUGUUUACACAGAACUUGAGCGAUCCAACCAGUGACCAGUAUAAAGCAUUCUGUGCCAAUGUCAUACAGGAGAUUCUUUCGUCCUUGCCUCAAGAAAUCUAUAUAUUAGUCAUCUCUGGACAGGUCACCAUCCAGAUCACAUCCCUUUCUCCUGGCAGUGUGAUCGUGAACUUUUCCUUUGUGUUUCUAUCCAGCAGCAACCUGAACAUAUUUAACGUGUCCACUGCUUUGAUGGGGUCUCUACUCAACAGCUCCAUAUAUACUGUAGACAGUAUAAACAUAGAAGAUAUAAAUGAGUAUUUGCUGCUUGACUGCUCUACAUUGACUGACUGUAUAAACACUAACAGCUCGUACACCUGUGCCUGUUGGAACGGGUACACAGACUUGAGCCCCAGCAGACCAAGACGCAGCUGUGUAGCUUCACCUUCAACGUCGCCUCUACAGUCCUCUUCUAACUCCACUACACCAAGCUUUAAUCCCACCACAAACUAUCCCAGAACAUCUUCAAAUUCCACUGACAUGAGCACCACAACAACUCAUAUUACAAACACCAUGUCUGGAAACCCUUCGGCUCCUGGUUUAGUAGCAACUACAACCCCUGAACAGAACAACACCACAGCAACAGUGAAUGUACCGGUGAUAUCUGUGAAUUUCACAACAGUACUGAACAACAGUCCUACCAUAUCGCCUGCACCCAUGCCACCAAACCUUGUCAGAUCUACAGCACCAAGUCUACAAACAUCAACCAUUUCAUCUGAAAUGCACACUACUGCCCAUUUGAUCUCCAGUACUAAGUCCAUAGAUGCUGAGUGCAGCCCAGGUUAUAUAUCAGUUGUGGUAAGGAAAGACUUCCUGCAGUUAAAUAACAUCCCAGAGAGUUCCCUAUACCUUGGUCAAUCUGACUGUGGGCCCAGUGGAGGAAAUUCAACCCACUUGCGGCUCACUGCAGCCUGGGAUAAGUGUGGUACUAUGCUAGAGCAUAACAGCACCCAUAAUACAGCUAAUGUGACUCUAUAUAACAACUUGAGCAGUUCGGUGUUACUUAACAGUCUUUGGAUGGCUUCCGUGCAUCUGGCAGUUCCCAUCAUCUGCACCUACCCCAGCCGCAUCAUCAUCUCCACUGGAUACUCACCCACAGGGUAUUUCGAUAUCAAAGACACAGUGGAAGGAUCGGGUAGUUUCCAGGUUAUUGUGCGGCUGCUGAACGGGACGUCUCCUCUGCCUGAGAAUUACAGUCUCUCCCCUGAUGAGGAGGUUAUUAUAGAGGUUGGGGUCAACACUACUAUCCCCCAAAUCAAAGUCGUCAUCAGCAAGUGCUGGGCCACUUCCUCCAGUGACUCAUUACAGCAACCUAACUAUGUGUUUCUGGAUAAUGGAUGUCCAGUGCCAAACACAUAUACCACAGUUCUUCAGAACGGAAACAACACUGUAUCUUUGCUGUCAGUACAGAUCUUUUCAUUCGUGAAUAUAAGCGUCAUCUACCUACACUGUCAGAUCCAGAUCUGUAUCGAGAUUCUGGAUAACACCUGCACUCCUUCUUGUAUGGGGAGAACAAUGAGGUCUUCUAAUCUAAUUGGAGUGACAAAGGCAUCUUUUGGACCACUGCACAGAAUACAUAAAACCCCAGUCCAAAACACAUCAGAUCAGACACUUCAGACUGUUGGAUUUGUUCUACUUGGCAUUGGUUUGUUUUUGUUUUCCCUGAUUGGCAUUGCAGGACUGUUCUAUCACAAAAGGAAAAUCGGGACCUACAAUUUCCAUUUCAAACCACAGCAGGAAAACUUCACCUAUCAUGUUUUUGACACAUAAAUACUCAGAGAUAGUUAACUGUACGGCUGAGGUUUAAUUUUAUUGAUGAAUGUUCCAUCAUGUAUAGAAAAUAAAACUAAUGGUUUAAUUUCACUAUAUUUUUGUACUGAAACAAUGUACUCUAAAAGCCAUUUUCCUUUGUUUUUUGUUUUAUUGUGAACACUGUGAAUCUUAGAAAUUACACAUGUAUAGAUAUUUUUCCUUGUUGAAUAUGUUACUUAAAUUUAAUUUAAGAAAAGUGCACACAAACCCUAUA